AUGCAUUCCACUUGUAGGGUUGUUGAGGUUAUGAGGUGUUGGAGAGUGGUAAAAGGUUUGGAAGAAUUAUUGGCUAAGACGACUAAAUCAUGGUUGCGAAAAAUAUUUUAUUACGGUGAGAAAUUGGCUCUGUUCUUUCACAAAUCUGGUGAUAAAACGAUAGAUAAUUGGUGUGCAGAGAUUGUUUUGGAAAGACGGCAAGAAGGAGAGAUUUGGCGUAAGGUGCAGUGGUGUGAUGUUUUGAUUGAUGAUGGUUUUUAUCGCAUGGAACAAUGUUUAGCUGUUACGGUUUAA